ACAAGAGAAGCGUAUAUCAUUGGCGACCAUGGCUGCCAUCCACAAGACCAAUCCGUCUCUGCAGGUGACGGCGGAUCACCAGAUCAAGAUGGCCGAAGCACCGAUUGAGAAACCAGGGUAUGGAGAGGUGUUGCUGCAUAUAAAGUGUACCGGCAUCUGCGGAUCAGAUAUCCAUUUCUGGAAGACUGGACGCAUUGGACCGCUGAUUGUGGAGAGCGAUUGUAUUUUGGGACAUGAGGCUUCUGGUGUUGUGCUUAAGCUUGGAGAGGGAGUCAAGGAUUUUGUGAUUGGCGAUAGAGUAGCAGUCGAACCGGGCAUGCCCUGUGACAACUGCUGGCUCUGCAGAGAAGGAAGAUACAACCUUUGCGAAGAUGUCAAGUUCUCUGGCGUAUGGCCUCACCACGGCACCCUCCAGCGCUUCAAAGUGCAUGCUGCAAAAUGGUUGCACAAGCGCACUCCUCGAACCCCUCUCAGUCGUCCUCCACGGCAUCCGUCGCGCAGGACUCACCCUCGGUCGCGGCGCGGUAAUCUGCGGUGCUGGCCCCAUUGGCCUAAUCGCUCUCCUCUCUUCCCGCGCCUCUGGCGCACACCCCUAGUCAUCACGGACCUGGAGCCCCAGCGCCUCGCCUUUGCCAAAAAGCUCGUCCCCGAAUGCGAAACCUAUCAAGUUUCCCGAGACCUCAGCUCUGAAGAUAAUGCAAAGGGCAUCAGGAAGCUGUUUGGCGAGUCGGAGUAUGGGUGCCCAGAGACUGUGCUCGAGUGUACGGGUGUAGAGAGUAGUAUUAUCAAUCUUAAGUUCAUCAAUAGGUAUACCGAUACCUGGCCCGCGGGCAUUGCAGCCGUAAAGGGCAAGCUGAUGGAUCUAAAGCCAUUGGUUUCGCAUGUAUUUCCGCUGGAGAAAGCGGUGGAUGCCAUGCACAUCUGCGCUGAUUUGAGCCAGGGCAGUAUCAAAGUGCAGAUUGUCGACGACGUCGAGAUCAAGCCUGAGGAUGUCGAG